GACCCGGAAGGAAGUGUGCAGCUGUGUUGUCGCAGCAGUAGAUCUGCUGAUAUUUAUCCAGAACCAGCAGAAAGAGGCAGAAGAUCCUCCCGGCAGGCUGUAGCACUUUACCCACAGCUGCUGUUUGUUUGUUUAUUUGUUAUUGUUGUUGUUUCCCAGCGUCGCCAUCAUGAACGUGACGCUCGCAGUGAAGCAGUACAUCUCCAAGAUGAUCGAGAACAGCGGGCCUGGGAUGAAGGUGCUGCUCAUGGACAAGGAGACGACCAGUAUAGUGAGUGUGGUGUACACACAGUCGGAGAUCCUGCAGAAGGAGGUUUACCUGUUUGAACGGAUCGACUCCCAGAGCAGAGACAGCAUGAAGCACCUGAAGGCCAUUUGUUUCCUCAGACCCACGAAGGAGAACGUAGAACACUUGAUCCAGGAGCUGAGGAGGCCAAAGUACAGCGUCUACUUCAUCUACUUCAGUAACGUGAUCAGUAAGAGUGAGAUCAAAGCUCUGGCUGAAGCUGAUGAACAGGAAGUGGUGGCUGAAGUCCAGGAAUUUUAUGGAGACUUCAUUGCUGUGAACCCUCAUCUGUUCUCCCUCAAUCUGCAGGGAGUCGCCAGGGGCCGGAGCUGGGAACCCUCCAUGUUGUCUCGCUGCACUCAGGGUCUGACCUCCGUCCUCCUCGCUCUGAAGAAAUGUCCGAUGAUCCGCUACCAGCUGUCCUCGGACAUGUCCAAACGCCUAGCCGAGAGCGUCAAGCAAAUCAUCACCAAGGAAUACGAGCUGUUUGACUUCCGGAAGACUGAAGUUCCUCCUCUGCUGCUGAUCCUGGACCGGAGCGACGACGCCAUCACGCCGCUGCUCAACCAGUGGACGUACCAGGCGAUGGUCCACGAGCUGCUCGGUCUGAACAACAACAGGAUCGACUUAUCCAGAGUCCCGGGGAUCAGCAAAGACCUGAGAGAAGUGGUUCUGUCUGCGGAGAACGACGAGUUCUAUGCCAACAACCUUUACCUGAACUUUGGGGAGAUCGGCACCAACAUAAAGAACCUGAUGGAGGAUUUCCAGAAGAAAAGACCGAAAGGACAACAGAAGCUCGAGUCCAUCACAGACAUGAAGGCAUUUGUAGAUAACUACCCCCAGUUCAAGAAGAUGUCGGGCACCGUGUCCAAACAUGUGACGGUGGUGGGGGAACUGUCCCGGCUGGUGUCGGAGCGGCAGCUGAUGGAAGUGUCGGAGGUGGAGCAGGAGCUGGCCUGUCAGAACGACCACUCCAACGCUCAGCAGAGCGUCCGUCGGCUGCUGCAGAAUCCUCGUCUGUCGGAGCUGGACGCCGUCCGUCUCGUCAUGCUCUACGCUUUAAGAUACGAACGUCACAGCAGCAGCAUCCUCCCUCUGAUGGACGAGCUGAGCAGGAGAGGAGUGUCCGAACGCCACCGCAGGAUGGUUCAGUCUGUGGUGGAGUACGGAGGGAAGAGAGUCAGAGGAAGUGACCUCAUCACGCCUACGGACGCCGUCGCCAUCACCAAACAGUUCUUCAAAGGACUCAAGGGGGUGGAGAACGUUUACACUCAGCAUCAGCCGCUGCUUCAUGACACUCUGGAUCAGCUGAUCAAAGGUCGCCUCAGAGACGGUCAGUUCCCCUACCUGGGAGCCAGCAGCCUCAGAGACAGGCCUCAGGACAUCCUGGUGUUUGUUAUCGGUGGAGCCACGUACGAAGAAGCUCUGACUGUUUACAACCUGAACAGAACCACACCUGGAGUCCGAAUCGUGCUGGGAGGAAGUAGCAUCCACAACACAAAGAGUUUCCUGGAGGAAGUGAUGUUGACGACGGGUCACAGCACCGGCGGCGACAGAGCGCACGGAAGCGGUCGCCAUGGCAACAGGCGUUGAACCCACACACCAGCUCUCCUCCUUUUUUCCUUUUCCUCUUCACCUGUCGUCGGACAAACAGCAUCAUUCCCUCCGUCUGUGUUUGUGUCUUUGAAGAAACAACGUGACGUUUCUGUGAAUCACCUGGACUCUGAGGAGCUUCCGUUUCCAAACACGAGGUGGUCAGAAUAAUAAAAACAACCUGAACAAUGCCACUGGCGUCCGAAAAGACGAUUUUGUGUAAAUCCAUUGUAUUGGACUCUCUUUUAUGUUGCUAAGGUUGUAAGAGUGCGCUACACUCACAGCCCAGUCACAUUUUGGAUUCAGCAGAUCAGAAUAAAAUCACAUUUUUGUAAUUAUUUAGUAAAAUAAACCACACAGUGUGAGCAGAGAUGGAAGUGUGAGUCAACACAUGGCACAAAAUUCAUAACAGUCACAGUGUCUGCAGCUUUAAAGGCUAACCCUGCUAGCAUGCUGUAGCUAAUAGACAAUAACUGGUAACACUGAUGAAAUGUUGCACUUGAAGUUAUGAAAAUUUUUUAUUCCGUGAUGUGUUGAUGUUUCGUACAGUUGCAGCCUGAGAAACCAGAAAUUUUCUCAAACUGUAUCUGGACCAAACGUGUUCCCACUGGAAUAAAAUGCAACACAGUUUCACUUCUUUCAAUAUUUCAGCUCUGAAAAAAGCUGCUUCAGGUGUUUGCAGCUCAGUUAACCUGCUGUCAAGUCUGAUUCUUGUUUCCAUAUUUAGUUUGAAACAGCAGAAACACUUUCUGGAUCUGUGAAUGGAGUGGAAUGUCCCUUUAAAUUCUCUGUGUGACUGAAUAUGAAUAAAAGAGAACUACGA